CCGCGAACGGAGGCAGCAGCAGCAUGGGCCUGAGCGCGCCAGCGCAGAUGUCCGCCUUGAUGCAAAAGGCGAGCAUGGGUCGAACGUACCGCGAUGCGAAGAAGGUGCAGCGCAUCUCGCUCGGGUGCCUCACGGUCAAGCACCCUUUCCGAAGAGUGUGCAUCAAGAUCUUCCAGUCGCCGUGGUUUGACCGGAUCGUGAUCCUCGUCGUGUGCUUCAACACUGCGAUCCUGGGCCUCGUCGACUACGAGAAAGCGUGGGCCGAGGGCCCCAACCCGAACGUGGGCUACAACCGCUUUAUCGAGCUCUUCAACUCGAUUAGCCUCUACUUCUUCGCAGCUGAAAUGGCCAUCAAGAUUGUGGCCAUGGGCUUUGUCGUUGGCGAAGGCGCGUACUUGAGCAACAACUGGAACCGCCUCGACUUUGUCAUUGUGCUCUCCGGCAUGCUCAAUUGGCUCAACAUCCGCGUUGGCUUUAUCCGCGUCCUGCGCGUCCUUCGGCCGCUGCGGACGCUGCACUCGUUUCCCGGUCUCAAGAUCCUCACCAACUCGCUCCUCGCCAGUCUACCAGCACUCGGAAACGUGGCCAUCUUGCUCUCGUUCAGCUACAUUGUGUUUGCGAUUCUCGGUAUGGAAAUUUGGCGCGGCGGGUUCCACCCGCGCUGCCGCCUCACGCCCUUCCCGAUUGCACUGCCAUUUGACCCGGCGACCGCUCCCGUCGGUGCGUACCCUGUGAGCCAGGCGUAUCUGAACCAAGUCCUUGCCAACCCUUCAUGGUACCGCUGCAACAAGACAGAAGGCGUCCCGUACGAGGUCAACGACACGUGGACGCAACCCAUGGGGUGCUUUUGGCCGCUCGAUACGGACGCCGACCCGACAAUCUACACGCGUUUCUGCGUCGAGGCCGGUGAAGUCGGUCGGCAGUGCGGCCUCAAGACGUGGUGCGGCUCCAACUACGACAGCGACGGCCGCCCACGGUUUCUGGACAUUGCGACACGCGAAUGGUCUUACUCGAUCAUGGCCCAGCCAACGUUUACGUCCAACCUCAACUUUGGGUUUACCAACUUUGACAAUCUCGGCAACACGUUCAUGAUCAUCCUCCAAGUGGUCACUGCAUCCGGGUGGAUGGCACUUACGGAAAUGACGCAAUGUGCGGGCAACCCCGCGGUCGCGGCCAUCUACUUCAACGCGCUUCUCUUCUUUGGCAUGUGCUUCCUCUUGCAGCUCAACAUGGCCGUGCUUUGUACCGAGUUUGACAAGGCCAAAGAGAACCAAGAGAAAAUAGCCCGCGCCAACGAGGCCAAGCUCAUUGCCGAGCUGCAUGCCAGCAUCAAGUCGCGUCUCUCGGCUGUGCAGUCCCAAGCGAUCGCAAACAACAAGGCGGGAGAGCCCAACGUGGUCGUGGCGGCCCAUCCGGACCACCAGCAUCUGGGCGACGUCGUUGUCGGCUCGGCAGCGUCGCGCCACAUGGUCAUCCUGCGGGCGGCGGCAAGGAAGCUCGUCCUCAACGACAACUUUCGGCAGUUUGGUCUCGCCAUAACGGUCGGCAACAUCUUUGUCAUGUCGCUCAACCACGCCAACCAAACCGAUGCCUUCAUGUACAACAGCGAAAUCGUCAACUUCGUCUUCCUCCUCUAUUUUGUGUGGGAGUCGAGCGUCAAAAUGCUCGGUAUCGGCUUUGGUCCGUUCUGGCGCGACAAGUUUAAUCGAUUCGACUUGCUCACCGUGCUUUUGGGUGCGAUCGAGUUUGCGACCAACCCGCCGACGUUCAUCGACGGCACGCCGGGGGGGCCUGGUGCGUUCACGUCGUUUCGCGCCCUCCGCGCGCUCAAGAUUGCACGGGCAUGGAAGGGUCUCAACAAACUCUUGACGGCCAUUAUGAAGUCGUUUGGCGAGAUUCUCAACUUUCUCUUCUUCCUCGUCAUUUUUUGCUACAUCUUUGCGCUCCUCGGCAUGGAGAUUUUUGCGACCAAGUAUCAAUUUGACCAAAACAACUUGGCGCUGCCGUUCAACAAUACCAACCCUACGUCGCAACUGCAUCGUAGCAACUAUGACAGCGUGACAUGGGCUGUCUUUACCGUCUUCCAAGUCAUCACAUACGACAACUUUCCGAGCGUCACGUACGACGGCUGGAUCAGCGUCGGGUGGGCCUCGCCCGUGUACCAUGCUUCGAUCAUCGUGCUGGGCGUUUGGGUCGUCAUGAACAUGUUUCUCGCGAUUCUCGUGGGUGCGUGCAUGGACGACGACGAAGGCGAUAGCACCGAAACGAUCCUUGACGACGCCACCGACGACGCGAAAGAGCCGCCAGGGCACGUCGUCCGCAACGUGCGUCGGGCCAAGCGCGCGAUGUUUCAAUUGCUAACGUUCUUUGACGCGACCGUGUACGACCCAAUUGCCGAAGAGAAGCGCGAGCAUGCCAAGUUCCACCUCAACAAGGGCUACAGCCUCUUUGUCUUUGCGCCCGAGAACGUCCUUCGGGCGAGCUGCGUCGGCUUGCUCAAGCGGCGCGAGUGGUCGUGGUUCAUAUCGCUCUCGGUGUUUGUGUCGUGCAUCUUUACCGCCAUUGACACGCCGCUGCUGGACCCGAAUUCGUCGCUCGGACUCUCGAUUGCGGUCUCCAACAACCUCUUUGCGAUCCUCUUCUCGAUCGAGUUGGGCCUCACGGUCAUCGCCAAAGGGCUCUUCUUUGGCAAAGACGCGUACGUCAAGGACGCGUGGCGGCUUCUCGAUGGCUUCAUCGUGACCGUCUCGGUCUUGCCGUAUAUGAUUGGGGGUGGCAACGGCGCGCUCUCGGCGCUGCGCGCGCUGCGGGGGCUUCGCGCCUUGCGCCCGCUUCGCGUCAUCAACAAGCUGCCGCAGCUCAAGAUCGUUGUCAACACGCUCUUCCGGUGCAUUCCCGACAUCAUCAACGCGCUCGUCUUCUUCCUCUUCAUGCUCUUCAUCUUUGGCUUGAUGGGGGUCACCUUUUUCAAGGGCGCCUUCAACUCGUGCUCGAUCAGCCCGUACACGUACACCCAAGGCACAGGCACACCGGCGUUCCCCCCGUGGUUUCCGUCCGGGUACAACGGAGACUUUGUGACCAACAUGACGAGUAUCGACACGAUGACGUACCCGGUCGCGUGGAAGGACAUGACGCUUGCUCAAAGAGCGCCGUAUGCAGCCGUAUGGAACACAACCGACUGCGGGCCGUUUGCCGACAACUACAAGCCCACGUCCAAGCAAAUCUGCCUCUGCUUCGCGUCGACCCAAAAUACGACCUGGAGCCCGGUCGUGCCACAGAAAUUCGACAACAUUUUCUGGGCCGUCGGUGGGUUGUACGAGCUGACGACGAUGGAAGCGUGGUCGCUCGCGGCCAUGGCGGGCGUCGACGCGACGGGCGAAGACAUGCAGCCCAUCAUGAACACGAAUCUGUGGAUGAUCCUCUGGUGGUGGGUCUACAUGAUUGUGUGCGCGUGGUUUGUGACCAACCUCUUCAUUGGCAUCCUCUGCGACAGCUUUUGCCGCGAGUCGUACGGCGCUGUCGUCACCGAAGAGCAAAUCAAGUGGAUCAAACUGCAAAAAAAAGUCCUCGCGCUCGCGCCCCAAGUGUACUACCCGUCGCCCAAAGAGCCGUUCCGAAAACGCUGUUUUGAGAUCGUGCACUAUCGCUACACCGAGUACUUUGUGACUGCGUGCAUCUUUCUCAACAUUCUCACCAUGUGCAUGGACCAAUUUGGCGACAGCAUCGCGUUCCAGAACGGCCUCACGGUGUCCAACUAUGUGUUUACCGGCGUCUUUGCCGUCGAAGCGUUCCUCAAACUCAACGCGUUUGGGUGGGCGUACUUUGACGACACAUGGAAUCGGUUCGACCUCGUCAUCGUCGUCCUCACGGUCGUUAGCAUCCUCCUCCCGUUCUUUACAAAGUCGCUGAGUCUUGGCACGGCGAUCACGGUCGUCCGUGUCUUCCGCGUCGGGCGCGCGCUCCGCCUCAUCAAGCAGGCCAAGACGAUGAAGAACCUCAUCGAUACGCUCAUCGUGUCGCUCCCGGCCGUCAUCAACGUCACGAGCUUGCUCAUGCUCCUCUUCUACAUUUACUCGGCGCUCGGUGUCCAGUUUUUCGCCAAAGUGGCGCUCGACAACCAGCUCAUCCACAAGUACCAGAACUUUCAAAACUUCUUCCGCGCGCUCCAAGCCCUCAUUGGGUACAGCACGGGCGAGAACUGGAACAACUUUACGUGGGAAGUCUACUACACGUCGCCAGCGACCAACCCGAACUGCGUCGACCGGUCGUACAACGCGAGCAUGUGCGGCUUUAACGACACCGAGUUUGACUGCGUCCCGCUCGACGGCUGCGGCACGUGGGGGAUCAUCCCGUACAUGUACUCGAUGUACCUCAUCAUCGGGUACCUUGGCAUGAACCUCUUCUCUGGUAUCGUGAUUGACGCGAUUGGCGACUCGUCCACCGACUCGCCCGUGAACGCCAACACGCUCGCUGAAUUUGCCGAGCGCUGGGCCGACUUUGAUCCGCGCGGGAGCGGCUUGAUCACGGCCGAAGAGCUCGCAGACUUUCUCUACACCGUGUACCCCCCGUUUGGCUUCAAGGCGGUGCCGGGCUUUACACGGCGCCGCGUCGUCAUUGCCAUCGGUCAGCUUGACAUUCCCAUCUAUGACAAAGUCUACGUGCAUUUCAAAGACGUACCCCGGGCCCUCGUGACGCGGGUGCUGGCCGAGGGCGACCCCGCCAAGCACGCCGAGAUCAACAAGCUCAUGGACCAGAUGGGCAUCAACAAGCAAUUUGAAGAGAUUUGGCACCGCCGGCGGGGCAAAAAGCAAAAGGAGCGACUCCUCCAGCGCGAAGUCGGGCCCGUCAAAGAGUACUCGGCGAGCGUCGUUAUCCAGCGCUUCUUGACCAAGAGCAAGCUCCAGCGGCAAUAUGCGCGGUCGGCAACCUCCCGCCGCAUCGUGACGAGCAACUCGCAGCCAGGACUCAACCCGGACGCGUCACCACCCCCGUUGGAAAUGGACCAGAACCCCGAGGGUGCUGCCACCGACGGCCUUGAGCCGAGCCGCAACCGCCGCGAUAUGAACCUCGAGUCGAUGGAGGGCCCGGACGCGGGCGAGACGUCGGGAUCCGCGGCUGCAAGUUUAUAACUGUUUAGAGUGUAGUUGGUAUAAUUUAUGAUGUAUACAUUCCGUAUUCAACCCAUA